CUUUGUAAAGUCUGCAUGGAGCAAACACGAUGGUGGGAAGAUCUUUGCCGGCGGGCUAGCAUGGAGUGAGGAGGAAGCUUUAAAAAUCGCCUUUAUGCUUUCGAUGGACUCUUCUGUGGCAAGUCAUAAUGAUAAUCAAGAGAGGAACGUCGUAGAAGAUCCAAUCCAAGUUGAAGAAUUAAGUUCAUCAGAGAAACCAUUUUGUAUGGAUUCUAAUGUGAGAAACGUUCAGCAAUCAGUAAAUAAAGGAAAUAUUAAAGAUGCCACUUUAGAAAAUUAUGGUAUACAUGACCUAGAAACUUGUGAUGCCGCAGAAGAUGGCAAGAUGUCAGGCACAGAUGUUGAUAGAAUCGAUGAGUUGAUAGCUGACAAGAUUUCUGAAUUUAGCAGUGCCGGAGGAUCAUUGGGCGAGUUUCAUCAAGCAGUGCAAUCUAGCUCAAAUAACACCAGAAAGUGUGGACUUUCCACAAUGAGAUUGUGUUCUCCAUUCCUAUUAGCUCUCAAGGAUCUCUCAUGUGGGUAUCACACAUCGCUGUGUGAAAACGAUUGCCGCUACAAACACCACCCACUUACUCUGGUUGUUGGUCUAACACGACACAGGCGACAGGUUCUCCACCAAAGACCACUUAAAAUGUCCAGAAUGCAAUGUGUCAGGUCCUUAAUAGAAAGUGGAUGGGACUGUAACUCUGUCAUCCCAGAUGAGUGCCCAUUAUUUCAGCUUCCGCUCAUCCAUCUGGCAUGUAUGUUUGGUAGAUCCAAAGACUUGAAAGCGUUCAUUGAAUUCGGCCUUGACAAUUGUGUAACCACUUGUACAGGAAGAACUGCUGUGCAUAUCAUGCAAUGUUACUUGUACAAGGCUCUCUGUUGUCACAAGAACAGCCAUAAGACCGAAUGCUUUAGAGCAUGUCUAAAUAUCUUAACUGCAGCUAACCCUCGCAUCCUCUUGAUUUGCGAAAAAACAUCCAAGAACACUGCUUUACACUUGGCUGCAUUGCACAUGCAAGAGCUAUGCCAUCAGGAGAAGGAAAUCACCCUGAAAAUAAAAAAUUCUAGAGACUCAGAAUCCCUGACAGGCGAGAUUAGAUAUUAUAUGAAAGAGAGAUGGUCCCCUUUACUGAAGGAGCGAGAAUUUCAUGAAGCUAACUUCCGAAUACUAGUCAACAGGUUCAACGAACUAGGCUGGCAGUUGGCUCUGAGCAAAGCGGAAGCUGCUUCGUUAUUAGAGUCUUCCAAUAUUCACGGGCUGACGAUUCUGCAGGUACUUGAGGACGAAGAGCGGCUGAAAGCUCAGCUAAAAGAGUUGAGGGAACAGUGGAGUUUGAGUUCAGAAGAUAAGGAGAAGGAGAAGCGUGACUUGCCUAAAAGCUCAAUGGAGCCUUUGCCCGAGCACACAAGCUUGUGCCGGAUGAACUGCAAUAGUAGACAUCACCCCUUGACGCUAAUUGCUGCUCACGUGCAUUCUCCAGAAGAUUUGGCCGCCCGCCUUCAAGCUAUUACAGAUGACUUGUCUGAUGCUUCAUUCGAAGUGCCUGAUCCCUUUCCCCCAUUUAAUCGGCCUCUAGUACACCUUGCGUGCAUCUUGGUUAAUGUCGGGAUGUUAAAGUAUGUCCUAAAGGAGUUAAGGCAUAGUCCCAUCGUUUACAGCAGCAAGAUUGGGCAAACCCCUCUUACCUUGCUAAUGACCAUGCUAGAUUGGGCAUUCACCAAUAACCCUAAUGCCUCUGAUGAUGGAGUCUUUUGCAGAAUCAUAGAUGCUCUGCUGGAUGCUGAUAUAGAAGUACUGUUUGCCCAGGACCAUGGCCUUAAAAGGUCUGCUGUCCACAUCAUUUUGAAGAAGAUGCUGUCAUCGACCACCAGAAAAGUGCGGUUGCUUUAUUGUUCUAUUGUCUGUCAUUUGCUGAAGCGGAUCAAGGAGAUGCAUGACGAUGGUGUUAUAUCCACUAAGAGAGUCAAUGACAUCUUCACCGCUCGCGAGAACAACGAAUUCACAAUUAUCAGUGUCAUCAAGGGCCAUAUAGAUAACAAGACCUUGCCGCUGAAGAUUGUCCAAAGUCUUUCUCCGUUCAACCCACUUCCAGGCACUACUGACAAAUGGUUUGAUGAGUCAGAGUAUCGCCAAAUCGAUGGACUCGCGAAAAGUUUAAUUUGCCCUUUAGGACCACCAACGUCUACCUCACAAACUCAACCAUCAACAUCUAACUCAACCGCAACAACAUGGCCACCAGCGACCUCAACCUUAUUACAAUCAGCAAGCAGCACUGCAACAUCAAGUAAUUCAACGUCAACUGCCACCUCCAUGUCUGUGAAGUCAAGAAGCCCCAUUGCAUCAUCAACUGUGCAACAGCCUUCUACAUCAACAAGAAACAAGGAACAUCCCAAAUCUGGUCAAUCAAAGUCAAAGGGACGAUCCAAAUAUAGUCAAUCAAAGUCAAAUGGUAGCAUUUCAGACAAAGGAACAAACACACCUUCCAUGUUUAGUAAAUCAAAGUCUGAUGGUGGCAUUUCCAACAUUCUACUCACCAUGGGUUCCAAGAAAUCUACUCGCAAAAGGCAUGUAAGUGAUAAUAAGGAUAAGGACUACGUACCCCCUGUUUAUGCCAUAUGGCCUCUGGCCACGGAGGUAGCCAGAGGUAGAGUGACCAGGCAAACUGUUAUCAAAGACAUUAAAUCUUCUAAGUCUGGUAGUAAAAGGGGCGCGAAGAGCGGAGUAAAUAAUUUUGAUACUGAUGAAGAAGAUAUCUUCUUUGAUUCACCUAAUACAAAAUCCGAAGUUACAGACGAAGCACCGAGGAAAGCAAUUACUAAUCGGAAACUUUCUCAUAAUCACUUGAAUAAGCUUGCGAAAAAGAGCCAAGACAAGAAUGAAGAGAAGUCUGAAAAGCCUGUUAAUUCAUUGAAGAAACCAACUGCAAGGAAAAGUACCAAAAGGGUGACAUUUCAAGACGACAUAUCGACUUCGCAUGCAGAGCCCGCAGAGUCUCCUCCGAUAAAAAGAUUAAAAGCGGAACCUAGUGGUCAAUUCAGCCUCUGCGCAGCCGCAGCCACUGUCGCGGACAGCGUGAUAGACCUCCCGAAACUGGAGAAGCCUGAAGGUCCCUCACUUCUCGAAGUCAUCCCAUCCUGCAUUGCUCCAAUCGGUUUGCCUGCCGUUACGUCAUCGACGAUGAAGGUAGAACCCCCCCAAUUGUCUACGAGUCACGUGUCCUCCACGUGUUCGAUUGUAACUGCAAGCUCGAGUUCCACGGAAGAACCCCCUAGUCCAUCCUCGAGAAAGCAGAUAGUCAAGAGCGAGCAGGAGCAACCUAUGUUGCCUGAUACCGUAAUGUCUGAUAAAGAGACCAAGGUUAAGACACAGAUUGACAUUAUUCAUAUCAACUCCCUGAACCCUCAGACAAGGAACAAGAUAAUCCAAGUUCUCAAGGAGGAAGCACAAACUGAGCGUCAAACCAAAAGCAACAGACUCCAGGAAUUGUGGAAAGAAAAGGCGAGCCAGUCAGGCAAGCUGGUGAAACUUCGAUGUGAAGAGAAAGAGCAAGAACAACAGCUGGGAAAGACUAGGGAAAAUAUCUCAAACAGCAAGUUACUAAUUGCUAGGUUGGCGACGGAAGAAGAUGAGUUAAAAGUGUCGAUAGAUAAACUGGAAAGGAGACUUCUCGAGUUGGAGACCAUCUAAACAUUCAUUGCUGAAGUUCUAUUUCUCAAAACACCUGACAAUUCGCAAGAGUGCUCAAUAGAAACUUACCGUGACCGACACAGUCAAACAAACAUCGUCCGGCAUUGCUGGCGUAGGCUUGUUUGGUUAACGAACGUUUUUUUUCUUUCUUAAAUUAUAAGGAAAUCACCAGAAAGGGCUUGUGACCCCCCCCCCCCCCCCCCCCACCUUCAGUAUUUCGAGGCCUGUUACGGCCCUGCAUUUGUACCCCAUGUAGGAGCGAAGCUGCAAAGCGUUCAGUUGACAUUCCCUUUGUCUUGUGGUCAACCGAGCAUGACUGUAAACAAUACGCUUUUCCCUGAAACUCAGGAAAGUUUGAACUAUGUAAUGUUUAAAUUCGUUGUGGCUUGUGAUGAAAUUAUUAUUAAUUAUUAUUAAUUAUAUUAUUAUAUUAUUAAUUAUAUUACCGAUUUAGACAGCGCGAUUUAGUUGUCGUAGCGUGUAAAUCAGCCUCGUAUUGUGUAAUUCAGGACUAAGACAUGUCGUAGUCAGAUCGCUUACGGAUAAAUCGUCUUUAGGUGGCUCAAGUCAAUUAGCAUAGUUUUGUUAAACUGUUUUUUUUUUUUUAAACUCCAAACUUUUUAACCGUAACCCGUACAGAUUUUGAGAAUAACAAAUUUUCUUCAUAUGUAACAUUUCAUAACACUUGAGAAUGUUCAUUUUACGGUUGAUUUUUUAUACAAUUUACAAUCAGACAAAAAGGUACAUAACGCAUGUACUUGUUGAUGUUUUUGUUUAUAGUUACGAAACUCGUAUAGAUUUAUUAUUCUUAUUAAAGACAGCAUUUUUUUCACUGA